AUGGGGUCAGGGACAGUGUUUUUUCCCUUGAUUGAUGGGAAAAAUAUUGAUGAUUUAAAAGUAGUCGACUUGAAGAAAGCAUUGGGACUGAGGGGGCUAAAGAAAUCAGGUCUAAAGGGUGAACUAAAAGAAAGACUUCGCCAGGACAUUAUUAGUCACUCUGUAGAAUCCCUUAGUGAUACGUCAAUUUCAUCCGAAGAACAUAAUGGGACCUCGACAAUCCUUCCAAAUCUACCUAGCUUUAAACCUAUAAACCAUUCUUCAGGUUUUAGGGUUUAUUCGAGGGAAAAUUGUUCUGUGACUUCUUUGAUUCGGCAUAUGAUGAGGCGGUGAAAUGGCGGAAGAAUGCAUUUAAAAUUCCUUCAGGGAAAGCGGGCAAAGAAUUCAUCAAAUUACAAUCACAAUGGCUAUCUAAAUUUAAUAAUGAAGAUAGUUUUAUGGGUAUAUCAUUGAAGGUUUUUAUGACCCUUCCAAUGAUUCUUCUGCAAAAGCCCUCAGUAUCGUCAAAAGCAAAGGAACAUUCGCAAGCCUUGAGUCGUAGAAUCAAAUGGCUAAAAGAUGGUGAAUUACAGCGUCUGCUUUCAGAAUGUCGUUCUAUCCAACAUCAAUUACGACCAAAGACAUCCUCGGACAAUCUGUCUAAAACUUUUGCAAAGUUAAUCAUGAUGGGAAACGUUAAUGCUGCUCUUCGUCUUCUUAGCGAAGAAUCUGAUGGUUGUGUCCUACCAUUAUCCGAGGAAGUCCUUCGAAAUCUGCAGGAGAAGCAUCCAGCCCCAGCAGAUAUACAACCAAGUAGCUUACUCCAUGGUCCCAUUAUUGACCUUCGCAAUAUAUCUAUAGCAGUUGAUGAGCAAACUAUACUAACUGCUGCGAAAACACUAAAGGGAGCUGCUGGUCCCUCUGGCCUCGACGCUAAUCAGUAUAUUCGUAUGCUUUGCUCAAAGCAAUUUCACCGUGAAGGUAAAUGCCUGCGUGAACAAAUUGCUUUGUUUGCUGUGAAAAUAGCAACAGAAAGUCUGGAUCCCUUCUGCCUGGAAGCAUAUGUUGCCAAUAGACUUAUCCCCUUAGACAAGUCCCCAGGUAUACGACCCAUCGGUAUUGGUGAGAUUAUGAGGCGCUUGGUUGGGAAAGCGCUAACAAAGGAAUUCAAGCAAGAUUUCAAAGAAGCGACUGGUCCGAUUCAAGUCUGUGCUGGGCAUGAAGCUGGAGCAGAAGCAGCCAUCCAUGCUAUGCAGCAAGUAUGGGAAGAGAAAAACACGGAAGGGAUCUUACUGAUUGAUGCAAGUAAUGCAUUUAAUUCACUAAAUCGUCAAGUUGCUCUUCAUAACAUUUUGUUAUUAUGCCCAAGACCAGCGAUAUCCAUAAUUAAUACGUAUCGAAACCCCGCGAGGCUAUUUAUUGUGGGCGGAGGUGAGCUUCGAUCGCAAGAAGGCACAACACAGGGGGAACCAUUAGCCAUGCCUUUCUAUGCCAUUUCGGUCAUGGUAUUAAUUUCAUUUCUUCAUGAUGCAUAUGAUAUGGUGAAACAGGUUUGGUUUGCCGAUAACUCGACCGCAGCAGGUAAACUACGUGCUUUACUGGCGUUUUUUGAAAUGCUAAUAAGCGAAGGCGUAAAGUAUGGCUACCAUGUCAACAGUGGGAAGUCUUGGUUAGUAAUUAAAAAUCCGUGUGAUAUAGAGAGAGCCACUGAAUUAUUUAAAAGUCACGACAUCAAGAUUACAUCCGAUGGUCAUAGAUUACUGGGAGCUGUCAUUGGAUCUACUUGUUUCAGAGAGGAAUAUGUUAAUAGCAAAGUCUCUACUUGGUGUACCGAGCUCGAAAAUCUAUGCUCUAUAGCGAAGUCGCAGCCACAUGCCGCAUACGCUGCUUUUGUGCAAGGUUAUAAGCACAAGUUUACUUUUUACAUCAGGACUAUUCCAAACGUGGCCCAUUUGUUCCAACCUGUAGAAGAAAUUAUUUGUUCGAAAUUUCUACCAACUAUAUUUGGCCAGGAUAUUUCUCAACUUGAUCGGGAAACUUAUGCUCUACCCAUACGUAAUGGAGGACUGGGAAUACCACGUAUCCCAGAAGAUGCUGAUUUCGAGCGAAAUACGUCAAAACUGUUAUGUGGUCCACUAUCUGCUUUGAUCAUCAUUCAAGCAUGUAAUCAACUUCCACAACACGACGAAAUAACCAACGCAAAGUCCCAAGUUCGAAGUCUUCGGGUGGAAAGAGCAACUACCUCCUCAUUAUCGGUUGAUAUUCAACUUUCCCAAGAGCAGCAUCGAACAAUCUCUUUAGCCCGAGAUAAAGGUGCCUCUGGAUGGUUAAAUGUCUUACCACUGCAAGAAGAAGGCUUCUGUCUGAAUAAAGAAGAAUUCAGAGACGCUUUGGCGCUGAGAUACUGA